AUGGACUCCCAAAACAUGAGCUACCAAGCUGGACAAGCCAAGGGCCAAACUGAGGAAAAGGCCAACUCCAUGAUGGAAAAGGCAGCCAAUGCUGCUCAUUCUGCUCAAGAAUCAUUGCAAGAGGUUGGACAGCAAAUGCAGGCAAAAGCACAAGGAGCUGCUGAAGCUGUGAAGAAUGCAACAGGGAUGAACAACAAAUGA